AUGUUUCCUUCUUCAUAUUUGAAAUCUGUGAUCGUGAACGGUAAACCAACUGAGACAAAUCUAUCAUCAAUUGUUACGGAUACCAAUCACAUUGGUUUACGACAACAUCUUGCAUCAAAUCAUAAAAUUUUGUUGAAUGACGAUGCAGAUCUUAUUGCAGAAAGCUAUGGUCUCUAUAAUGUAAAUGAUUUCACCAAGGAGCACGAAAGAAGCAUAAUAUUAUGUGGUUUCGAGGAAUUUAAAAACACAUCAAGAACAACGGGAACUACCAUUAUUCAGAUAGACGAUAAACGUUUAACAAUCGCAAUUGCUACAACUGGAGGAAAACUGAUGAAAAAUAUGAAGAACUGGAUUAAUUAUACCAGAUUUGAUGGUCGCACAAUAGAUUUUGUACAUGUCUAUUCCGAAAAUUAUUCACUCAAGACCUCAAGAGUCAACAUAGAUUCAAGAUAUAGUCCAUCGUUAAAUCAUUUAUGCGUAAUUAUUCAUUUAUUCGGUACUGUUCAUUUUGUUUUUCAAAUGUCAGAUGCUGAACGAACAAAGUUUUGCGGUGGUAAUUAA